AUGAUGGGGGGAUACAUUCCUGGGACGGAGACGCUGUGUCGUCGGUUGGGAGCGAAGGAUGAGUUUCGGUAUCGAUAUGGGUUAUUUUGGUGGAAAUGGGAUAGGAGGAAAGGGGGGGUGAACGGAUUGGUUCCGUUGCUGACUCGGUCGUUUGACGGUGGUAUAUGGAUGGGAGGGAUUGUGGAGUGGGAUCUUGGUCGAGGAGGUGGACGGAGUCGUUUCUUUGGAGAGGGUAAGGAUUUUCACCUGGUGGUGAUGGUGAAAUUUGAGCGCGGGGUGUCUGUGGAUAGGAGUACGUUGUUGGACGAUAGUAUGGGGGCGCCGGAGAGGAUAUUCGUGUGUCGGCGUAGGAUAUCUGGUCGCAGUCGGAAGAAAGUGGUACGAUUGUGGGAGGAGUUUAUUGGGAAGAAUUGUAUGAAGGGGACGUUGUUUUGCGGGGGAUUGGACGAGUUGUCGGUUGGGAAAGGAGAGAUGGAUGAUUUGCGCAUUCGUUCGGAUGGAGGUGACGGUAGUGGGAAUCGGAAAAGGGGUGAUCUGGGGGAGAAAGAGGAUGAGGAGGUUUAUGGCGAGACGAGUGAAGUUGGGGUUGAUCGGGGAGGGUCAGUGGUAGGUAGGUUAGGGGUAAGUGAGGAGAGUUGGGAAUUGGAUUACGAUUCGGAUAGUUCAUGUACAGUUUUUUGA